UUGAACAGAAAAUUAUCUGUUCUUCUCAGAUUUUCUCCGGCACCCUCCCCCUUUUUCUGUUAACUUCAGAAAACCAUGCCGUUCUGUGAUGUCAGCAAAUAUCAGGAAGGAGGAGGAGGAGGAACAAAUUAUGGAAUUAAGAUUUUUUAUAGAAACUAUGGUCAUGGGACAACCAAAGUUCUUCUCAUCAUUGGUUUGGCGGGAACCCAUGAUUCCUGGGGUCCUCAAAUUAAGGGCCUUACGGGUGUUGACACGCCCAAUGAUGCUGAAUCGAAGACUAGUUCAUCAAAAUUGAAUGAUCCAGAAGAGGGUUUUGAUAGUGAUGACAAUGAGGGGAUAGAAGUUUGCUCUUUUGAUAACCGUGGGAUGGGUCAGACCUCUGUUCCCACCAAGAGAUCAGAAUAUACAACAACAAUCAUGGCAAGGGAUGCCAUAGCUCUAAUGGAUCAUUUGGGUUGGAAAAACGUUCAUGUCUUUGGGCAUUCAAUGGGGGCUAUGAUCGCUUGCAAGCUGGCUGCAAUGGUACCUGAUAGGGUAUUGUCGUUGGCCUUACUUAAUGCAACCGGUGGAGGUUUUGAAUGUUUUCCAAAGCUUGAUCGACAAACAAUAUCCAUUGCUAUCCGUUUUCUAAGGGCAAAGACUCCUGAGGAGAGGGCAGCUGUUGACUUAGACACCCAUUACACAAAGGAGUAUCUUGACGAAUAUGUUGGACCUAAGACACGAAGAGAAAUUUUAUAUCAAGAAUAUGUGAAAAAUAUAUCAUCAACUGGGAUGCAAUCUAACUAUGGUUUUGAGGGACAAUUUAAUGCAUGCUGGACACACAAAAUGACACCAAAAGAAUUGGAAAUGAUCCGAUCUGCUGGGUUUCCAAUUUCGGUCAUUCACGGCAGGCAUGACAUAAUAGCUCAGAUAUAUUAUGCAAGGAAGAUUGCGGAGAAGCUACAGCCAAUGGCUAGAAUAAUAGAUCUUCAUGGUGGACAUCUAGUGAGUCAUGAACGGCCUGAAGAGGUCAACAAGGCUCUUUUAGAGUUAAUCAAGGCAUCAGAAUUGAAGUUGAGUCCAAGUGAUUGGUCAAAUUUGCCCAAAAAAGACACUUGGUGGCAAGCCAAUGAGAUACAGAUAUCAUCAAGCAGAAAGAAUUAUGAGGGAAGAUUUUGGUCACUUUUCAUGUUUGACAUUAUGGUGAAGUUUCAUCUUUGCCUUCUAUACAUUUUUGGUCUAUUCAUGAUUUUAAUUGAAUAUGGGAGGAAAGCUUUAAGAAGUUUAAAGCCGGUUCGAGUGGGACCCUCCAUCUCUUAAGAGGUCAGGAUUUAUUCAUCACCUGAAGAUUUUUGUGUUUCAAAACAAGUAAUUAAUUCAAGCGUAAGAAUCAAAUGUAGAGCAAAGAGAUCAGAUGCAAGCAAGGAGGUUCAUAUAUCAACAGGAACUUUGGAUAUCCAAUUCCAAAAAUGCCCUAACUACUGAUUGUUUUCUAUAUGUACACUCAAAUGGGAAUUCAGCAAGGAUGAAACUUGUAUGCUUUCAACAGAUGCAAAACAAACCCUAUACCUUAUACAUGAGCGUAGACACAUUGUACUACUAAGAUCUUGGAAAUGAAAGCUUCACCUCUGUUUCAUACAAAA